CUCAACCGCUCCAGAUGUCCGCGCACUGUCACACUAACUCUUCUUCCUUCCUCCACUCUUUAGAAAAAUCAAAAUGGAAAACACCUGAAACUGUACUCAUCGCCGGAAUUGACCGUUACCCAAACCUCGGCUCCAACUGAACCAGAACCAGACCAAGAAGGAAGAAGAAGAAGAGGAAGAGGGAAGAAGAAAGAGGAGAGUAAGAAAAGGUUUCGCGAGCGAGUCAAGGUUUCUUCAUCCACCUUCUUUGACCGAGUCAGCCACCUGCUUUCUGCGAUAAAGCAAAAGCAAAACCCCAGCUCCCAAAAAAUUCAAAAUCUUUGCGGAAGCGUUUCAUUUUCAAUUGUUCGACAGGUUUAGGAUUUUUUCUUUGUUUGGUUUGAUGCUCUAAAUUUGGCGGCAGAUCCGCUGAAUUUAGAGGCCGUUCUGGGGGGUUUAGGGUUUUGUUGAGAGUAAAGUAAAGAUGAUGAUAUCGAGGGGGCUGUUCGGGUGGUCGCCCCCUCACAUACAGCCUCUCACGCCCGUGUCGGAGGUGUCGGAACCGCCGGAGUCGCCGUCGCCGUACCUGGACUCGAAUACCGAGGCGGUGCCCGUGGACGUGGAGGAGGAGAUGGAGGAGGCCGAAGAGAUCGAGCCGCCGCCGGCCGCCGUGCCCUUCUCGAGGCUGUUUGCGUGUGCCGACCGGUUCGAUUGGUUUCUUAUGGUCGUCGGAUCUCUCGCGGCGGCAGCUCACGGGACUGCGCUCGUCGUUUACUUGCAUUACUUUGCGAAGAUCAUUCAGUUGCUGAGAUUGGGUCCCGCUGAAGGACCGGACCGGCUGUUUCAUCGGUUUACUGAGCUUGCUUUAACCAUUGUCUACAUUGCUGUGGCUGUUUUUGCUGCCGGAUGGAUUGAGGUUUCAUGCUGGAUUCUUACUGGAGAGCGACAGACGGCUGUCAUUAGGUCAAGAUAUGUUCAAGUAUUGCUUAAUCAGGACAUGAGUUUUUUUGAUACUUACGGUAACAAUGGGGACAUUGUGAGCCAAGUAUUAAGUGAUGUGCUGCUCAUUCAAUCUGCUCUCAGUGAAAAAGUGGGAAACUAUAUUCAUAAUAUGGCUACCUUUUUCAGUGGUCUUAUUAUUGGAUUUAUCAACUGUUGGCAAAUUGCGCUCAUAACAUUAGGCACUGGUCCAUUCAUUGUUGCUGCGGGGGGGAUAUCAAAUAUAUUUCUCCACAGACUUGCUGAGAAUAUUCAGGAUGCAUAUGCUGAAGCAGCUAGCAUAGCUGAACAGGCAGUCUCUUAUAUUAGGACCUUAUAUGCAUUUACAAAUGAAACAUUGGCCAAGUAUUCAUAUGCAACUUCACUACAAGCCACACUGAGAUAUGGUGUAUUGAUUAGUCUUGUGCAAGGGCUUGGACUUGGAUUUACAUAUGGGCUUGCAAUAUGUUCAUGUGCCUUACAACUUUGGGUUGGAAGAUUCCUGGUUAUGCGCAAUAAAGCACAUGGAGGUGAAAUUAUUACAGCCCUGUUUGCUGUAAUCUUGAGUGGUCUUGGUCUGAAUCAAGCAGCAACAAACUUCUAUUCAUUUGAGCAAGGACGAAUUGCUGCCUAUAGACUUUUUGAGAUGAUAAGCCGUUCAACUUCUGCAGUAAAUCAUGAUGGAAAUACCUUGGUCUCUGUACAAGGAAACAUUGAGUUUCGGAAUGUCUAUUUCAGCUAUUUGUCUCGCCCUGAAAUUCCUAUCUUGAGUGGCUUUUACCUCACUGUACCUGCCAAAAAAGCUGUGGCACUUGUUGGCAGAAAUGGCUCUGGAAAAAGCAGUAUCAUUCCACUCAUGGAGCGGUUUUACGACCCUACAUUAGGAGAAGUUCUUUUAGAUGGAGAGAACAUAAAAAACCUGAAACUUGAGUGGCUGAGGAGCCAAAUAGGACUAGUCACCCAGGAACCUGCAUUGUUGAGUUUGAGCAUCAGAGAUAAUAUUGCAUAUGGUCGCUCACAUGCUACUUUAGAUCAGAUAGAAGAAGCUGCCAAAAUAGCGCAUGCUCACACAUUCAUUAGCUCACUUGACAAAGGAUAUGAUACUCAGGUGGGUAGGGCUGGUUUGGCAUUGACUGAAGAACAGAAGAUAAAACUAUCUGUUGCUCGUGCAGUGCUUUCAAAUCCAUCUAUUCUUCUGCUUGAUGAGGUUACUGGUGGACUUGAUUUUGAAGCUGAACGAGCUGUGCAGGAGGCUCUAGAUCUCCUCAUGUUGGGACGAUCAACUAUAAUAAUAGCUCGAAGGCUUAGUCUCAUAAGGAAUGCUGAUUACAUCGCUGUGAUGGAGGAGGGUCAACUCGUUGAAAUGGGUACACAUGAUGAAUUAUUAACUCUGGAUGGUUUAUAUGCAGAGCUUCUGAAAUGUGAAGAAGCGGCAAAACUUCCUAAAAGGAUGCCCCUACGGAACUCUAAAGAGAGCACAGUUUUCCAAAUUGAAAGGGAUUCAUCAGCAAGUCAUAGCUUCCAAGAACCAUCAUCUCCUAAAAUGGCCAAAUCACCCUCUCUUCAAAGGGUUUCUGGAAUCCAUGGGCUAUGGGUCCAAGAUGGUGGCUUCAACUCUCAAGAAUCUCCAAAAAUAUUGAGUCCACCACCAGAGCAAAUGCUGGAAAAUGGUGUGCCAUCGGAUGCUGUUGAUAAUGAACCGUCAAUAAGAAGGCAGGAUAGUUUUGAAAUGAGACUGCCAGAAUUACCAAAGAUUGAUGUUCAAUCUGCUCACCAACAAACAUCAAAUACUUCAGACCCUGAGUCGCCUGUGUCACCACUAUUGACGUCUGAUCCCAAAAGUGAACGUUCCCAUUCACAGACAUUUAGUCGGCCUCACCGUCAACGUGAUGACAUGCCUGCAAAAAUGAAGGAGGCAAAGGAUAACCAUCAUAGGGAAGCUCCAUCAUUUUGGAGGCUUGCAGAGCUUAGCUUCGCUGAAUGGCUUUAUGCUGCUCUAGGGAGCGUUGGUGCUGCUAUCUUUGGUUCUUUUAAUCCUCUUCUUGCAUAUGUGAUUGCACUUAUAGUAACACAAUAUUAUAGAGUUGGUGAUCGCCCUCAUUUACGGCAUGAAGUGCGGCAAGAAGUAGAUAAAUGGUGCUUGAUCAUUGCCUGCAUGGGUAUUGUGACAGUGGUUGCUAAUUUUUUGCAGCACUUCUAUUUCGGGAUAAUGGGGGAGAAAAUGACUGAAAGAGUUAGGAGAAUGAUGUUCUCAGCAAUGCUGCGCAAUGAAGUUGGAUGGUUUGAUGAUGAGGAGAAUAGUGCAGAUACCUUAUCCAUGCGAUUGGCAAAUGAUGCUACAUUUGUGCGAGCUGCUUUUAGCAAUCGGCUUUCUAUAUUUAUACAGGACAGUGCAGCUGUAAUGGUUGCUGUCCUUAUUGGGAUGUUGCUACAGUGGCGAUUGGCACUUGUGGCUUUGGCAACCCUUCCCAUUCUCACUGUUUCAGCUAUUGCACAGAAAUUGUGGCUUGCUGGAUUCUCAAGGGGCAUACAGGAGAUGCACCGUAAGGCAUCCUUGGUCCUUGAAGAUGCAGUCAGAAACAUUUACACUGUUGUAGCAUUUUGUGCUGGUAACAAGGUGAUGGAGCUUUACAGAUUGCAACUGAGGAAAAUAUUCAAGCAGAGCUUCCUUCAUGGAAUGGCAAUUGGAUUUGCCUUUGGCUUUUCACAGUUUCUUCUUUUUGCUUGCAAUGCUCUCCUUCUCUGGUACACUGCACUCUCUGUUAAAAAUGGCCAUAUGGAUCUGCCUACAGCUGUCAAGGAGUACAUGGUAUUUUCCUUUGCAACAUUUGCACUGGUUGAGCCAUUUGGUUUGGCUCCUUACAUACUUAAACGACGUAAGUCACUUACUUCAGUGUUUGAAAUCAUUGAUCGAGUGCCGAAGAUUGAUCCAGAUGACAUCUCUGCGCUUAAACCCCCUAAUGUUUAUGGAAGCAUUGAGCUGAAAAAUGUGGAUUUCUGUUAUCCAACCCGUCCAGAAAUGUUGGUAUUAAGCAAUUUCAGUCUUAAAGUCAGUGGGGGACAAACUGUAGCUGUUGUUGGAGUUUCAGGGUCUGGGAAGAGCACUAUAAUAUCUUUAAUCGAAAGAUUUUAUAAUCCAGUUGCAGGCCAAGUUUUACUAGAUGGGCGAGAUUUGAAAACCUAUAACUUGAGAUGGUUGAGGAACCAUCUGGGCCUUGUUCAGCAGGAGCCAAUUAUCUUCUCAACAACCAUAAGGGAAAAUAUAAUAUAUGCAAGGCACAAUGCAAGUGAGGCCGAGAUGAAAGAGGCAGCAAGAAUAGCAAAUGCUCAUCAUUUUAUUAGCAGUUUGCCUCACGGUUAUGACACACAUGUAGGUAUGAGGGGUGUGGAUCUAACACCAGGACAGAAACAAAGAAUUGCAAUUGCUCGAGUGGUGCUGAAGAAUGCCCCAAUCUUGUUAUUAGAUGAAGCGAGCUCAUCCAUCGAGUCUGAGUCAAGUCGGGUGGUCCAAGAGGCUCUUGAUACACUCAUCAUGGGAAACAAAACGACGAUUCUGAUAGCUCAUAGGGCUGCAAUGAUGAGGCAUGUUGACAACAUUGUCGUUCUUAAUGGAGGGCGAAUUGUAGAGGAAGGGACCCAUGAUUCUUUAGUGGCAAAGAAUGGUUUAUAUGUCCGUUUGAUGCAACCCCACUUUGGAAAGGGUUUGCGUCAACAUCGACUUGUUUAGAUAUUGGUUAGUGAUUGAUUCAAUUGGUAAUGUCCUCACUUUUGGCCAUUCUCUAAAUUUUUUUCCGUUCCUUUAUGAAUAUCAGUUGGUGCAAAUUUAAAGAAUGGGUUGAGUUGAACAAGAAUGAUGAGGCUUGUGACAACAAUCAUGACCAGGUGAGUGCCACUGCUUGCUUUCCGCAAUGGUGGUGGAAGAAUUGUAGGAUUGGGAAAGUAGGGUGUGCAGAGUUUUGUGGGCUCUUGGGGACAUUCUUUCAGGGCUGGCUGCAUAUUCUUUUGGAGGCAAGCAUCUUAGGGUUGGGAGCGUGCUUGUCUCCUGGUAUAUUGAUUUGUUGAUUAAUUAGAAAGUGGGGUGGAAUCAAUAGUAGUUUUUCCAUAGUUCCUCUGAGUGCUCUCUCUCUCUCUCUCUCUCUCUCUCUCGUUAAUGGAUCACCUUGACUACCUCCACCCUUUGGGUUGUGGACAUGCAGGUGCUGUUUCUCACCAGUUUGGAUAAUUUUGUUUCUUAUUGUAAAUCUUUCUACUACUAGUGAAGAUAAUAUGAACUUUAGUAGGAGGAAGUAGUGAUGGUUUUUGUUGUAAUCUUUAUUUGUAAAUAAAAAUAUGUGAGCUGUUCAUUCUUCAUGCACGAAUACAUUUGUAAAAUAAACAUUGAUUCUUUGGAAAGAGUUUGACCUUCUUUUCCUCUUC